AUGGGUGAUGCCAUCUUCCAGCAGCUGAAGAUGUAUUCACCUUUUCUAAUCCUGGGACCAAACACAGAAGCAGUUUAUAGUGAUAAAAACCUGGUUGAUCUGGAUGAAAAUUUUGCUAUACAGAAAGAACCAGCUAUGCUUUGUGAUCAAAAUCCAGAGCAAUCAAAGAGGAAUCAUAAUGAAGAUGAAAGAAGGGGAAAGAAAAAAUGGAAAGAAAGAGAAGGAGAAGAAAAAGAAGUGGAAGUAGAAGAGAGACUGGAAGAGGAACAGGAAAAGGAAGAGAAAAAUGAAGAACAAUAUCCCCAGAAAAGAUUAGUCAGCAAACCCCUCAUGGACACUCUCUGGGCAACCUUUAAGUUAAACAAAUGCCCCACAAAAGGAGAUAGUCAAUCACUUGCAUUUGAAUUUAACAUGACAGCAAAACAGGUAUGA